AGCAGGUUCCGCGAAGCGGGAGGAAGAAGGAGUCCUGUAAGAGGGAUCCUGGGCGGGGAGAAGAGGGAAAAAAAGUUUCCAGAGAGGGGCCUGGAGAGGAGCGCAAGCAUCGGGACUUGCCGCAAGCAUCUGACUUGUUGAAGGCAUCUAUUGAAGGCCGAGUGCUGUACCCCCGGCCGGAGGACAAAGCGACAAUGGGUGCAGAGCGUGAGGGACUUGGCGCUAGGCUACCGAGAUGAAAUAACUUAGACGGUGAAAAUGGUCUUUUUCCAACUUUUCUGAUGGGAGGCCGGUCGGCACGGCUCCAGCAGGAAGAGCUCCUGCGAAAACCUCCUGAGUAAUGCUGGGGAGUGAAGGGAGUGUUGCUGGAGUCCUGCGAAAGUAUUUCUGUGUGAAGGCCUUUGUGCUCUGAUUUGGGAAGAUACUAAAACACUCCAAGAAAUCUCUGAUCAUUUCAAGGGAGCGGUGUGUGGGUUUUGGAGAUGGUGGUAUCUACAGAGAAUCUUCAUGGAUUCUAAUGCUGGCAUCAGUGGAAGAAGAGCGGUGGGAAUGGGUUGGCUAUGGAUGGUCUACUUCUUUCACCUAGUCACUUCACUAGAAGAAAUACUUCUGGAUACAACUGGAGAGACCUCAGAGAUUGGCUGGACCACCCACCCUUCUGAUGGGUGGGAUGAGAUAAGUGUCUGGGAUGACAAGAAGCGCCUGAUCCGAACCUUCCAAGUCUGUAACGUGGCUGAACCGGGUCAGAACAACUGGCUGCGAACCCACUUCAUAGAGCGGCGCGGUGCCCACCGAGUCCACGUCCGCCUGCGCUUCUCAGUGAGAGACUGUGCCAGCAUGCACACUGUGGCCUCUUCUUGCAAAGAGACUUUCACACUGUACUACCACCAGUCAGAGGCUGAUACAGCUACUCAGGAUCUACCAGAGUGGCGUGAGGGCCCCUGGACCAAAGUAGAUACCAUUGCAGCUGAUGAAAGCUUUUCCCAGGUGGACAGCACUGGGAAGGUGUUAAAGAUGAAUGUUAAAGUACGUAGCUUCGGGCCACUCACCAAGAAUGGCUUCUACCUGGCUUUCCAGGACUCGGGAGCCUGCAUGUCCCUGGUGGCAGUCCAGGUCUUUUUCUACAAGUGCCCAGCUGUGGUGAAAGGAUUUGCAUCCUUCCCUGAAACUUUUGCUGGAGGGGAGAAGACCUCACUGGUGGAGUCACCAGGGACGUGUGUACCAAAUGCUGAAGAGAAGAGCAUGACUGGGUCUUCAGGCGUCCGGUUGCACUGCAAUGGCGAAGGGGAAUGGAUAGUGGCCAUUGGACAAUGUACCUGCAAGGCUGGCUACCAGCCUGUUGAUAAUGAACAAGCCUGCCAAGCCUGUCCUCUUGGUUUCUUUAAAGUAUCUGUGGGAGAUGACCCGUGCCAUGUGUGCCCUGCCCACAGCCACGCUCCGCUGCCAGGUUCCAGUGAAUGUAUGUGUCAGAACCACUACUAUCGGUCUGCUUCAGACAGUUCUGAUGCUCCCUGCACUGGCAUCCCCUCUGCUCCCCGUGACCUUAGCUAUGAAGUUGUUGGCUCCAACGUGCUUCUGACUUGGCGCCUCCCCAAGGACCUGGGUGGCCGCAAGGAUAUUUUCUUCAAUGUCAUCUGCAAAGUAUGCCCGGCAGGGUCCCCAGGCCCGUGUGUGCGCUGUGGGGACACGGUGCAGUUCGAACCGCGUCAGGUGGGCCUCACAGAAAGUCGUGUGCAAGUCUCCAACCUCUUGGCCCGUGUACAUUACACCUUUGAGAUCCAGGCUGUCAACUUGGUGACUGAGUUGAGUUCAGAAGCACCCCACUAUGCCACCAUCAAUGUUAGCACCAGCCAAUCAGUCCCCUCUGCUGUCCCUAUGAUGCAUCAGGUGAGUCGUACUGCCAGCAGCAUCACACUGUCGUGGCCUCAGCCAGACCAGCCCAAUGGGAACAUCCUGGAUUACCAGCUGCGUUACUUUGACAAGGCUGACGAUGAGGAUAAUUCAUUCACCUUGACUAGUGAAACCAACAUGGCCACUAUAUCAAACCUGAGCCCAGGCAAGAUCUAUGCCUUCCAAGUACAAGCCAGAACAGCAGUGGGCUAUGGCCCAUACAGUGGAAGGAUGUAUUUCCAGACUUUAAAGGGCGGAGAGCGCUCAUCGAUGCCUCAGGACCGGCUGCUGCUUAUCGUGGGCUCUGCGCUGGGUGGUUUGGCCUUCUUGGUAAUUGCUGCUGUUACCAUCCUUGCCAUCGUCUUCAAGAGUAAAAGACAAGAGACUCCAUACACCGACCGCCUGCAGCAGUACAUCAGUGCACGAGGACUUGGAGUGAAGUAUUACAUUGAUCCUUCAACCUAUGAAGAUCCCAAUGAAGCUAUUAGAGAAUUUGCCAAGGAGAUUGAUGUGUCUCUCAUCAAGAUUGAAGAGGUCAUUGGAUCAGGAGAGUUUGGAGAGGUGUGCUUUGGGCGCCUAAAACACCCAGGGAAGCGUGAAUACACAGUAGCUAUUAAGACCCUGAAGUCAGGUUACACAGAUGAGCAGCGACGGGAGUUCCUGAGCGAGGCCAGCAUCAUGGGGCAAUUUGAGCAUCCCAAUGUCAUCCAUCUGGAGGGUGUGGUCACCAAAAGCCGACCAGUCAUGAUUGUUACUGAGUUCAUGGAGAAUGGAUCACUGGAUUCCUUCCUCAGGCAGAAGGAGGGCCAGUUCAGUGUGCUCCAGCUCGUGGGAAUGCUGCGAGGGAUCGCAGCUGGCAUGCGCUACCUUUCAGACAUGAACUACGUGCACCGCGACCUGGCAGCACGGAACAUCCUAGUCAACAGUAACCUAGUGUGCAAGGUGUCAGACUUUGGUUUGUCCCGCUUUCUGGAGGAUGAUGCUUCAAAUCCCACCUACACUGGAGCUCUGGGCUGCAAAAUCCCCAUCCGUUGGACAGCCCCAGAAGCUAUACAGUAUCGCAAGUUCACCUCCUCCAGUGAUGUUUGGAGCUAUGGCAUUGUCUUGUGGGAGGUGAUGUCCUAUGGUGAGAGACCUUACUGGGACAUGUCCAAUCAGGAUGUGAUAGAUGCCAUUGACCAGGACUAUCGUCUGCCACCACCCCCAGACUGCCCAACUGUUUUGCAUUUGCUGAUGCUUGAUUGCUGGCAGAAGGAGAGGGUCCAGAGACCCAAAUUUGAGCAAAUAGUCAGUGCCCUAGAUAAAAUGAUCCGCAAGCCAUCUGUCCUCAAAGCCACUGGGAGUAGCAGACCAUCUCAGCCUCUCCUGAGCAACUGUCCUCCAGACUUCCCUUCACUCAGCAAUGCCCACGAGUGGUUGGACGCUAUCAAGAUGGGCUGUUACAAGGAGAACUUUGACCAGGCUGGCCUGAUUACGUUUGAUGUCAUAUCACGCAUGACUCUCGAAGAUAUCCAGCGUAUUGGCAUUACCCUUGUCGGCCACCAGAAGAAGAUUCUAAACAGCAUCCAGCUCAUGAGAGUUCAUUUGAAUCAGCUUGAACCAGUUGAAGUGUGAUGUUUACACCAUCCUUAUUCCGCUAGUCAAAAUCUCUGGAAAGGUUCUGGGGGAAUUCAGAAGGAUUUCACUCUAAGGAGAACAGAUGUCCGUACGGUACUUAAAGACUUAGUGCGGCCAGAGAGUGCACAGUACUGUUACAUGAACAAAGCCAAAAAUGUGCCAUGAUUUCAAAGCAGAGCUAAAGAACUGGGGGCAUUUAUAUGUGGUUGGCAUUGUUCACUGGAAAUGGGUUGGGGUAGGGAAAGUUAUGAUAACAUGGGGACAAGAUGGAGUAAUAACUCGGACAGAUCACAAGCACCUAUUGCCUCUUCUUUGCCAACAAAAGGUAUCAGACAACUUUACAAAGCCAUCAGCAGGCUUAAUCUGUGGCUUGGAGUCCAGCAAAGCUACAAAACCAA